AUGCUUUUGUAAAUAGCCAGGAAUGGACACUAAGUCGAUCAGUGCCAGAACUAAAAGUGGGAAUUGUGGGAAAUUUAGCUAGUGGUAAAUCUGCUCUUGUACAUCGUUAUCUGACUGGGACCUAUGUCCAGGAGGAAUCACCAGAAGAUAUGGAUGCAGGUGGGAGAUUCAAGAAAGAGAUAGUAGUUGAUGGACAGAGCUACCUAUUGCUAAUUAGAGAUGAAGGAGGUCCUCCUGAAGCACAGUUUGCCAUGUGGGUUGAUGCUGUUAUCUUUGUCUUCAGUCUUGAGGAUGAAAUUAGCUUCCAGACAGUGUACCACUAUUAUAGCCGUAUGGCAAACUGUCGUAAUGCUAAUGAAAUCCCAAUGUUACUAGUAGGAACUCAGGAUGCUAUAAAUUCAAAUAAUCCUCGUGUCAUUGAUGAUAGUAGAGCACGGAAACUAUCCAAUGAUUUGAAGAGAUGUGUCUACUAUGAAACUUGUGCUACCUAUGGGCUGAAUGUGGAGCGAGUCUUUCAGGAUGAUUUAACACCUGGAGAUCUGAACUGCCCAGAUGAACUGUGGGAUGGGGUUUGCUUAGGGACACUUUAAAAUAUCCAUCUGUAAAGGAAUCCCUCAGAUCCUGUCUAUUAUGCCUGCUAUCAACUACUCUUAAUAAAAGUUCCUGUUGGAAGAAAUUGUUUCCAAGAGUUCUGCUUUCUUAAGAUGUGGGUUGACAUGGGUCCUUAAACUCAGUCUCUUUCUUCUUCUUUUUAACAAUAUUUUAUUGAGUUUAUAUACGUAAAGAAAAAAUCGGAACAA